CCUGGGAUGGUGGAGACCAAGGACUCGGUGCAGCUCCGGCAGCUCAAUCUGGUGCUCCUGAGGCAGCUGUGGGUCGGGCAAGAUGCUGUGCGGCGGUCGGUGGCCAAGGCAGCCUCAGGGUCAACCCGGGACUCCAGCGGCAGCUGUGACUCCCAGACUCCAUCGUCCCAGGAGACGUCCUCGGUGGCCCCAAGAGCCUCCAGCCUUCAGGGUGCCCACCAGGGUGGCCCCUGUGAUAUGUCCUGGGCUGGUGGGGCCAGCUCUGGAGUGAUGUCUCUCCCACCUGCUGCAUACCGACGCCGGCCGUCCCUGGGUUCACUGAGGCCCUGCUCGGCACCCUUACUGGCCAUCUCAGACCCAGAUGGCACAGAGCUUUCAGGAGAGCCGGACAGGCCGGGGCCUCAGGAGGCCCAGGCCCAGAGGUCCAUCCUGGAUCAGCAAAGCAGGCCGUCCAAGCCAAGAGUGACCUUCGGUGAUGAGUCUUCAGUGCCUGACAGGAGCUGGCGCCUCAGACCAUACUUGGGCUACGACUGGAUCGCAGCUUCUCUGGUCUCCUUGGUGGUCCUUGAACCUGCCAUACUCACGGUCACCUCAGGGCCUUUGCGCUUGCUAUUCCUGCUGCCUGGCGUGCGCUUCCCCAGGUUCACACCCUGUGGUUCCUUUUCGUCACUGAGGGCCCAGCUUAAAGUCUAG